UUGGCAGCCCUGGUCCUGAGUUACUCAUCACCACGAAAACGACAGCCAAAACAAACCCUGCCCGGACCUCUAAGCCCACUCACUCCAUCACUCACUAUCCGCCCCAUCCUCAUCGUCCUCUGCCCGUCAAUCCGUUGGCCUAGUGCCACGCCCAUCGGACUGAUGAUGCCUACGGCCCAGUAAAGGCCAUGGACGAAGCGUGAAGCCCGUACCACCCGUGCCGCAACCAUGGAAGAGGUGCCGCGAGUGGCGGAUUACUUGGUCAUCGCUGGGCUACCCCGAGAUGACCAGCCACUCCAACUACUCGACGAUUGUUCGCUCGAAGUCAAUCUCAAGCAGAGCGCUCACCAGGAUCCCAUCACCGAUAUCACGGUGAUCAUCCCGAGCUUAGGCGAGACCACACCCGAUGAGUUCCAGUUGGUAGAGGCCACGCCCAGUGGGUUGAAGGCUAACCUGAAUUUUGGAUCCUUUCGCUCGCCCGAGGUCCUUUUGUGUUAUCGUCGAGGUCGCGAUCGAGAGCCCUUACUGGAUCUGGGUGUGCUAUAUGAAGACACUGAUCGGCUCAUGCCGGAUUCGCAAUUGGUCGAAUUUACUCCCACUCCACAUUCCGCGAACGUGAACAAUGCCUUGAAACCGGCCACUUUUCUGACCUAUCGACGAUCCCCCGAGAAGUUUCCAUGCAAUCAAUUGGUGGUCAUGGAUGUGUGUGUGAUCGUGACAUCGAAAGGCGAGACGCCACCGCACUCUUUCGUGAAGAUUAACAAGUCCUUGAACCGGGGUCUGGUUGGAUCGGAUGUGUACUUGUGUUUAAAAAAAUCCAUGAACCGCCCAAAUCUGAUCUCUUACAAACCGGACCUGCUCUCGAGAUUCCCGCUGAAAAACAAUGUGGCCUACAACGUCGAGGACUCUGUGGCCUUCUUCUGUUUGCCCAUGGGCGCUAAUUUGGAGUGCUGGCCCCAGAACUUGCACUCCUCGAGUGUGUGCUCCUCUUUCGUGCUCACUCUCCACGACCGAAGUCGAGUGUACGGAUCGGCCAUCACCUUCUAUGAGAAAUUCGAUGAGCAGAAGCGCCCGUUGUCUGAUGAGCAACAGAAAGCUUUGUUUCCGAAGACGGAUAGGACGCCCCCCGGCUGCAAGAUCGUCUCGAACAAGUGUGUGUGUCUGUUGUCCCGAUGGCCUUUCUUUGAUGCCUUCGAGAAGUUCUUGUUCUUUUUGUACAAAACCCAGGUUUUUGGAUCCAAGGACGUCCCAUUGGAGCGGUUCAUCUCUCACUUCUUGUAUGACGUGCCUUUUCCGUCACCCUCCCGACCCAGGAUACUAAUCCAACUCUCGGCACUCGAUCAAAUCGCAUUAUUCCAACCCGAAGAGCUGCCUUUGCCACGAAGUGGAGCCUCGUUUCGGAACUUCCUGCAGACCCUGGGGGUGGACAAUUGUUUAUUGGUGUUGCUUCUGGCUCUGACUGAGCAAAAAAUCUUGAUCCAUAGUCAUCGCCCGGAUGUGCUGACCUCGGUGGCCGAGGCCGUCAUUCAAAUCAUAUUCCCGUUCUAUUGGCAGUGUCCCUACAUUCCCUUGUGCCCCAUUGGCAUGUCAGACUACCUCUCGGCGCCAUUACCCUUUGUGAUGGGGUUCGAUUCCGGAUUCUUCGAUUUGUACGACCAACCCUCGGAUGUGAAUGCCGUGGAUCUUGACUCAAAGAUGGUGACAGUGUGCCAAGAAAAACAGGGUCUCACCAUCAAGACCUUGCCCAAGAAGGCCUCUCGGCAAUUGCGAAAUCGUUUGGAAAAGUUGGAAAUGGAGUGCCAACAACAAGACGACAGUUCCUUGCAGAUGGAGGCCACUCGAGACGAAUCGGUGGACUCUGAGUUUAGGUUCAAAAAACGAGCUAUGAAAUUGGACAUGAAGAUCCGCGAGGCCUUUCUCCACUUUAUGGUGUCUGUCUUGAGCGGGUAUCGCCAUUUCCUCCUACCCAUCACCAGUGCACCCAAAGUGGGCGCCACGGAUGCAGAUAAUCUGUUCGAUCAAAAGGGCUUUCUCCGAUCAAGGGACCGGAACUUUCAAAGGUUUUACACCAUGCUCACCAAGACCCAGAUGUUCACCAAGUUCAUCGAGGAACGAUCCUUCGUGUCCGAGACGAACACGUGUCUGGCCUUCUUCGACGAAUGCAUGGAGAGAACGGAAAGUGGGGGCGUUCCCGACUUUCUGGAAUAUGAGGAUUUGGAGAGUGAUCGAACUUUGUUCAUCCUCCCCCCGGAUUGUUCCAAGGACUUUCCGGAGAACACCGAAUUCAAAUACGACACGUUCACGCUGAACCCGGAUCUCUUUCCGGAAAGGGAUCUCUCUGAUCCCGAUGGGGAAAUAGAUGAAGCUUUCAAGGGUUCUCAAACUCCGGCGAGUGCAAGUAUGGCCAAGCGAACCCGCCAAGAGAUCCGAUCAGCCCAAAAGAUGCAGAAGAUAGCACGAGACAACGAUAGAAAUCCUUUCUUGUGGUCCAAGUGUCUAAUCAACACCAGUUACUCGCUCUGGUUUAUCCACUUGCCUAGUUACAUGCUGGCCAACAAGGCCCAACCUUUGACUCUACGCAGUGGACUGACCUUGUUGCAACGUAUGAAACGCCUACGUCUUCAUCCCGCCGAUGAGAUAUGUUACCGAGUGAUGAUGCAAUUGUGCCAUGAGUACGACCAACCCAUCUUGGCCGUGAAAGUGCUCUUUGAAAUGAAGGCCAUCCACCUUCAUCCCAAUGCCGUGACCUACGGUUACUACAAUCGGGCUGUUCUGGAGUCAAAAUGGCCGGAGGGUGAGGCUAGUCGUGGGGUCAUUCUGUGGGGGAAACUGCGGAAUCUUAUCAUGGCCAUCACCAUUCUGAAAGUGGUGGCCAAAGAGGGCAAUUUCCUACCCCAGUCCAGGCUCAAAUCAGUGUCCUCGACCAAGGUGAAUUCCCAAGUUGGACAGAAAGCUCAAGGACUCGAUGAGCAGGAUAAUGUGUCCCAAUGCUCUUCGGAGCUUUCUCAAGACUCCGGGAUCAAAACCCUGGAUCGCAACUUGGGCAUUGAACCCAUGACCGAGGUUCCAGAGCAUGUCAAUGAUGGGAAUGAAUCGAAUCAAGAUGACUUGGAUGAAGACAAGGAGAUUGAGAUCGUGAUCAAAGGCCGUGAGAAUGGUCAAGAAGGAGCUGAGCUCGAGGACGAUGACGAAGAGGACUUCCGGAAGAGAUUGAGUAGUAUUGUUCGAUCACCCGGUAACCCUGAUAAAGAGGAGGAUGAAAGCGCUGAAAAGACCUCUGGCCUUCAAACCUCGACUCCGGACGAUGAAAAUGAUUCCACACCCAACCAGGCCAACACGGAAGAAGAGGCAGGUCAAGUGAGCCAACGGCUAUCCUUUCCCGAGGAAAACAUUGCCUUGGGAGUGACGAGUAUCAACAGUCCUCAUGAAACGCCCUCAAAACCGGAAACGAAGCGUGUGCUAGGUCACAAUUUGCCCGUGGAAAAGCCCAAGUUGCUGGAACAAAAUCGAACGACACGCAAGAAUGUAACGAGCUACACGAAUAUCCGAGGAAAGCAUGCCAAUCUGUUCCAACAAAAUCAAACCAAGAGUCUCGAUUUGCCUGACACACCUUCGAGCGGUGGGAGUGAGGGGGGCUCUAAGCGGGUCAAUCGAUCCCUGUUCAAGAGCGAAAGUGGCCAUCAAAAUGAGCUAGGAUUGAGUGUGGACAUGGCUAAACUGGAUGAAAUGAUGGACUCGAAUAGCAUGCCCAAGCCUCUGAUACGGAACCCCAGCUCAGGGAGUCUUCGCUCGAAACUCGUGCCCUCGCCUGUGACGGAAAGUGAUCCUUUGGGUGCGAUAUCGGGUCAAGUCUCCCCUUGUCCGCCAGAGGACCCAAUGGAAUCUAAAACCAAUUCCUUACCUCACUCGGCGAGCCAAUCGGUCGAGGCCCAUCUCAACACAAAACCCAGAGAUAACAUUCUAGGUUCCCCUUUUGCCGAGGAUCGAUUGGCACGCUCAGCCACCCUCCCCCUCGAUCAGACUGAUUCGAGCUCCAGCUCCUCACUAACCCCGUCAUUCUCGUCCUUCCGUAAUCUCACCAAAAGCGGUGGAUUGAUGACUAACCGGUUGAACUCGCUCAAGAAGGGUGGAUCUUAUUUUUCUUCAUACCUCAGCCCGGGCACGGCCACCCAGAAGAAAGCUCAAGACGCUUUAAACCAAAGCUUCGUGAGUGUCAAGUCCGUCUACAACAACGUCUCUAAACGGGUCGAGGAGAUUCGCGAAUCCGUCACCAACACCCCUGGGAGUCCCGCAGGAACCGCGGGUUUGAGCCCGGCCUCGUCCUAUCAAUACCUAGCCACUCCUGAACGGAAACGGGACGAGGACGCUGGAAGCACGUGUUCGACGGACUCUCGACGACCUUCAACCGUGGACCAAAACCAGAUUCCAAUGAAUGACCAAUCCGAGACGUGGAGCUCCCUCACAGGCCAACUUUGGGAACAAUUCUGGGGCACGGAUCACCAUUCGGGAGCUCCUCGUCCAAAGCUCAAGGCAUCGGAUAUCACGGAACCGUUUGAGAAUCUGUACAUGAUCAUGCCCAAACAGUUGGCCUGUCCAAUGGCCAUGGAGGUCCAGAUGACCUCUUGUUCGGAGUGCACUUCAUGUCGGGGGGUUUUAUACGACGAGGAGAUCAUGUCUGGUUGGACAGCCGAGGACUCGAAUCUCACCACCCAAUGUGCCUUUUGUAAACAGAUGUUCGUCCCAUGGUUGUACACCCAGAUUGUGGACUAUCGAUUUCGACCCAAGGAGCAAUCUCGGCCCAACUCCCACCCUCUUGAAAAUGGAUCCAUUGCCCAAGAUGUCACGCCCUCGUUGACCCAUCCGAGUCCGGUGCAGUAUUUAUCGCCGUUGGUGCUUCGCAAGAGACUCGAGCACCUCCUGGAAACCGAAGGUGACGCUUGCCUCCUUGAUCCCAAGAUAGUCCAAACCAAUCCUAUCAUUUUCUGGAAUCUAAUCUGGUACUUUGAGCGCAUUGGCGUCAAGUCACACUUACCGGGACUUUGUCUUAGUGCCGCCCAAAGACUCGCUGAAGGUCUCGAGGGCGUGAUUGACGACUCUUGGGCGGGUGCUGAUCAUAAGAAUGUUCAGAUCUUGUGUCGGUGGGACAACAAACGGUUCCACUCUCCGACCCGUCCCCAUUUGUACACGCUGUGGCAAGUGAAAGACGCUGAAGGGGACAAAAUGGGACCAAUUCGGCAGAUCAAAGUCGAAGACCAGCAUCCCUCAUACAAAGGAAUCAUGGAUCACGUGAUCCACGGGGUCCAAGAAAACGAUCUUCUCCAGCCUCUAAAAACCAUGCUGGAACGGCGGAAAAAUGACAGCGCCAAGAUCUGCCCAUCAACCCCGACCAAAGGAUCACCUCCAGCAACGCCUUCAAUUCCCAACACGCCUCGCUCUGUUUACCGAGAGAUCAUGUAUCUAAUCCUUGUGUCCUUGGGACAAGACAACAUUGAUCUCACGGCCUUUGACCGCGAAUAUCUACGGGCCUAUAGGAAAUUGUCUCCUAAAUACAAAGAGAUGGCUAAGACUUACGACGAACCUCCGAGUAUGCAGACACAGUUUUGCCGCAAACUCUUCCGAGAACUCAAGCUUUGAUCACCCGACUCGUGUCCCAUCCCUGUUAUCAUCAUUGUUAUCAUCAUCAAUCAUAAUUAUCAUUCAGGUCCAACAACCACUAAAGCAAACUAAUUCCAUCCAUUCAAAAGAUCAUCUCUUCGGUCGUUAGAACGAGAUUCUCUGUGAUAAGAAUAUUAUUCUACCACCAUUAUUACUAUUUUACUGAACAGUUAUCAAAUAUCCGAUUCAACGGGGCUCUUUCUCUUCAGAAUUCCAAGUCUAUUUCAUGAAAUAUCUAAUAUCAAUACGUGUGUAUUUCUUUGAUUCUUUAUUAAAAAAGAUGUUUUUCAAAACUA